CUGGAGCCUGAGGCCGGAUAUCGAUCCAAUCGAUGAGAUCUCGCCAUGUGAGACCCUUCUCUUCUUGCUCUUUCAUCUUCUUGCUCUUUCAGGAAUUGAAUUGAGAGGGAAACAACCAAGGAGCCUCAUGACCUUAAGACUGACAGACUAAAUCGGACAAAAGGAUAAUUCAUCAUAUAGAAAGCUAGGACUGUGGUACUACCGAUGUCACUUCAACUAACUGCCAGACAUCAAUUGUCCGCCAGGCAUUCACAUUCAUCAGCAGUUGUUGGAAACUCCUUAUAUAUAUGGGCUGGCAAAGAAGAUACAUCUAAUGAUGCCAGAAGUUUAAAACACUUCUCUAUUCUUUCUGGUGAAUGGUCCAUAAAAGAAACAACUGGAGACCCUCCAUUAGCAGAUUCUGGUUACAGUUGCUCCAUAGUAGCUGACAGAAUAUACUAUUUUGGUGGUCUAAGCACUAAAGAUUAUUCCUAUCACAAUAGCUUAUCAGAGUUAGAUACAAGUAAUCUUUGUUGGAAAUCAUUGGAAUCAACAGAUCCAGAUAGAGCUGUUAUGAGCAGAGCUUAUGGUGGAAUGUUGUCAUUUGAAAAUGAAGGGAUACAUCAUCUGCUGAUGAUAGGAGGGAGAGGGUUGAAUCCUGUCGUACCGGUAGAAAAUGCCAAUUAUGCUAAUAUUGGAAAAAAUAAAUGGCGUACUAAUGAGCACUCAAUGUAUAAUUUAUCCACAAGAAAUUGGAGCAUACCUGAUGUUAUUGGGCAGUUUAUGCCACCUGCAAGUUUCUUUGUUUUGAAAAAAAUAGACAACAGUAGAGCUGUAGUUUUUGGUGGAGCCACAGAAGAGAAUGAUGACAUAGUUUGCAGCAAUGUUCUUUAUGUAAUAAACACAACAGUCAAUGCUGUGGUCUGGCAGAGAAUGGAGAAACCUGAAACAAUAGACUGUUGGCCUGAUGGAAGGUGGGGUCAUGCAGCCACUAUCAUUACUAAUUGUGAUAAUCCUUUACUUGUAAUAACUGGAGGAAGAGAUAACAAAAAUUGCAUAAAUGAUGAACUGUGGAUAUUUAAUUUUAAGCACACAUCAUGGAAGAAGAUGGCUGUGCCUUUGACAGUAAGCCAGAGAUGGUGUCAUUCUCUUUCUUCAUUUACUUUAACACCUGGUGUUGUGGUCCUCCUAACGAUUGGUGGCUUAGUGAAUAUUAUAAAAGAACUGCAGAGCUUUCCAAAAAUCACUAUGUCCACUGAACUAUUAGUUAUUGAUAGACAGUGGAGAGUAGGUGAUACUCUAGAUACAAUUGGCAUGAUUAGUGGGCGUUAUAAAUGCAAGUAUGAGUUACCACAACUUCAGCGUUAUAUUGAGAGGAUCAAUGCUAAUAUGCAGACCUCCAUUCAAGCAUGCAGAGAGCAAGCUGAAAGAAAUAUAACCAUAGAGGAUGAGUUGAAAAAAUUACAAAAGGAGCUGGAAAAUGUACGAGAGGCACAUGUAAAGCAGUUAGAAGAACAGGAAGAACAUUUAGAAAAAGUUUGGGAAGAGAAAGAGCGAAUAACGGAGAAAGCAAAAAAUAAAUUCCAAGAAAUGAGUUCAGUAAUAAAGGAAAAAGAUAUAGCCUUAAAAGAGUCCCAAACAGAAAAUGAGCAAAUAGUUCAAAAUAUGCAAUCACAAAUAUCUCAUCUUCAAAGUUCACUAAGCGAAAAUAAAAAAGAGCUUUACGAUAUCAAAAGAGAACUAUUUGAUGUUAAGAGAAAUCUCAGUGAAAAAGAUAUGAUGCUUCAACAAUGCCAGCAGGACUCAGAUAGGUCUAAAGAAGAAAAAGAUUUCAUUCAAAAAGAAAGGGAGAGAAAUGUCAAGGAUGCCCAACAACAGUUAAAAGAGACAGAUGCUCUUCAACAACAGUUACGUGACUCUCAGAGUGCAGUUGUAGUACUUAAAAAAUCUAAUGAUGAGCAACAAAAAGCACUCAAAAAUAUUGAAAGGCACAAGGAACAGCUACAGCAACUGCUACUACAAUCUCAAGAUGAAAAAGCGCAGAAGUCACGUGAGUUUCAGCUUGAAAAGGCAGCGCUGCAACAACGGUUACGUGAAUCUCAAGAAGAAAUUCGUAGAUGUCAAAAUGAAUGUAGUGUUUUAUGUGGUGCUUGGCAAAUAGAUGAAAAAGAAGUUAAACUUACAGAUAAAGAAUUGGGUAGAGGUGCUUAUGGUGUUGUCAUGGUUGGAGUAUUUCAUGGGUUAAAAGUAGCUGUCAAGUAUCUUCACCCAGCAAUAGCCUCAUACUACAACCAAGAGCGUUUUAUAAGAGAAAUGAAAAUGGCAUCACUACUGCGCCAUCCUAAUCUAGUCCAGUUUAUUGGUGCAACGUUCGGAGACAGACCUCUCAUUUUGACAGAGUGCAUGACCACUAGCCUAUAUCAUGAAAAUAAAAAAGGACAACUUGCAAGACCAUCAAUUCUCAGCAUUGCUAUACAGGUGGCUUUAGGCCUCAAUUAUCUUCAUUUGCAGAAACCCAAUGCUCUUAUUCAUAGAGAUGUUAGCAGUCCUAAUAUACUGCUUGACAACAUGGGAGCUGCAAAAUACAGAGCCAAAGUUUCUGAUUAUGGUUCAUUUGCUAGGGCAGUGGAUUCUCAGACAAAACAGCCAGGAAACACAGCAUAUUCUGCACCAGAAGCCUUUAAUCCUAAUGAGCAUACACCAGCAAUGGAUGUUUAUAGCUUUUCCGUACUACUAAUGGAGAUGAUUAUAAACAAGGCACCUGACAUGACUGUAAACGAGAGGAGAGAUCAAGCCUCAAAAAUUGCAGGAUGGACAGUAAUGAAGAACCUAGUGCAGAGAGGCAUCAAUGAA